GCCCCAAAGACCAAAUUUAGCGCGAUUACACUCCAUCGGCGGCGGCAAGUGAGAACGAGAACGCGAGCGGGGCAAAAGGUCGAACGAGUGCCGGGCGUCGCGGCCACGACACGACAGUAUUUGAAGCCUCCACCGCUCCCAACCUCAGAUGCUCGCCUUCCCUUCCGGAUCAUAAUAUGCUCCUUCGCCGCCUCCGCCUCCUUCUCCUAAAGCCUUCCUCCUCGUAUCCUCUCCGGUCCUCGCUUCGAUCCGUUCCUCUUCUCCCAUUCUCCACCGUCUCCGCCUCUUCCACCCAAUCCUCUCUCCCCUUUCUGCCCUUGUUCGAUCCGGUGAACCCCGGAAGGGCUGAUGCGAGCACCAGCUUGUCGGAGAUCGCCGCUGCUGUCGGCGAGUGGUUCCGCCUGGGCCCCGACCCGCUCUCACCCUUCGACCAGAUCUACACCGCCCUUGCCUCCUCCCCCGACGACGCCUCCCUCGACGCCGCUCUCACCGCGCUUCGCCUCCCCCUCUCCGAGUCCCUUGUCGUCGGCGUCCUGCGCCACCGUCCCCACCCCUCAGCCACCUCCGCCUCUGGUACGUCUCUCCUCCUCCUCCGCCUCCGCUUCUUCGACUGGUGCGGCCGUCAACAUCACUACCGCCAUUCCCGAGCCGCCUACCAUGCCGUCUUCCGCCACCUCUCGCGUGCCCACCUCGCCUCCGUCGUCAUCGACUGGCUCCGCCUCUUCUCCUCCUCCUCGCCUGACAUCCAUCGUCACCCGUUCCUUCCCGUCGGAGGAGCGACUGCCGGUCCCCACCCACGCUUUCAUGAGACCCUCGUCGUUGGGUAUGCCGUCGCGGGGAAGCCCGAACUGGCCCUCCAGCUAUUCGCACGGAUGCGGUUCCAGGGCCUCGACCUUGACUCGUUCUCGUACCACGUCCUCGUCAAUUCCCUUGUUGAGGCCUCCAACUUUGACUUUGCUGAAACCGUUUUCUGCCAGAUCUCCGACCGGGGCCUUGCUGGCCCCGUCACCGCCUGCAUCCGUCUUAAGAGCCUCUGCCGCCAGGGACGGCUUCAGGACGCUGAGGCUUAUCUCCGAGAGCUCGCUGCCUCUCCUACAGCUGACUGCCGCACCGUUGCUGGACGCAUGGUGGGCACCCUCGCCCAUGCCUUUUGCCAGAAAGGACAGUUUGAGGCUGCAAGACGGAUUGUUGAUGAGUUUGGCUCCACUGAGGCAUAUGGCGUUUGGGUAGGCAACCUUGUACGUGCCGGGAAGCUCGAUGCAGCAUUGGAGUUCUUGUUGCGCAAGAAGGCAUCGGAAGACUACAUUCCUGAGAGCUUCCAUUACGGAAAGCUCAUCUUCCGACUUCUGAAGGAGAAUCGUCUUGAGGACGUCUAUAAUGUGCUUGUAGAAAUGAUGGAAGAGGGGAUCUCUCCUGACCACAUAACAAUGAACGCAGCUCUCUGUUUCUUCUGCAAGUCUGGAAUGGUGGAUGUCGCUUUGUUCUUGUAUAAUUCUAGAAGGGAGCUUGGCAUCAACCCAAGUUUGCAGGUCUAUGACCAGCUGAUUAAUGCCCUGUGCCGUGAGGGUAAUGUGGAUGAUGUCUGCUUGAUUUUGGAGGAGUCCAUGCAACAGGGCUUCUUUCCUAGGAAGCAAACAUUUAACAUUCUUUCUAACUUCCUAUGCCGGGAGGGAAGGCUUGAUAAGAUGCGGAAGCUGCUUGAUGGUGCUCUUCAGAGGGAAGAAAAGCCACUACCUGUUGUUUUUGCUAGGUACAUCUCAGCACUGUGCAAGGCUGGAGAAUUAGAAGAGGCUUGCCUGGUGCCCCAUAUAGUUAGUGGAGACAUUGCCAGUUUGUUGGGACGGUACAAGUCCACAUACGUAAACUUAAUUUGUGCAUUUAUAUUGUUGCGGCAGGUAGAUGUGCUUCCUCGGCUGAUUAUUGAGAUGCAAAAGCUUGGUCACAUUCCAAGUCGGAGCCUUUACAGGUCCCUCAUUUGCUCUCUGUGUGAGAUGGGCAAGUUUGAUGAGGUUUUUCACCUACUGAACGAGCAACUGGAGCGUCAUGAAUUAGACAAAAAGACAUGCUACAAUUACUUCAUGGAUGGGGCAGCACAUUCCAAAAGGCCUGAAGUGGCAAGGGAAGUGUACAAUAGGAUGCAGACUGCAGGAUUGGAACCCACUGUUGAUAAUAAUAUCCUAAUUCUUAAGAGCUAUCUGAAGAGUAAACAGAUAGGUGAUGCUCUUAACUUCUUCCGCUAUCUGUGUGAGAAGCAGGAGCCCAAAACCAAGCUGUACAAUGUAUUUAUAACUGGUCUUUGUGAAGCUGGGAAACCAGAGCAAGCUGUGGUGUUCUGGAAGGAGGCAAGGGAGAAGGGGUUUAUCCCAAGUCUUCAGUGUUACGAGGAUCUUGUACUUGAAUUAUCUUCUAACAAGGAUUACGAUAUUGUGGUUAAGGUUAUUGAGGAUUUCAAGCAAACUGGCCGUCCAGUUUCUGCAUUUUUGUGUAAUGUGCUGCUGUUGCACACUUUGAAGAGUCAGGACCUCCUACGCGCCUGGGCUCAAACAAGAGAGAAGUCCAAUGCAGUAGCUGUGAGUGGGGAAACUCAAGUAUCUGAAGGAUCUAUGCUAGGCCAUCUUAUCGCUGGUUUUUCAGGCGGAAUAAGAAUGAAAGAUGGUGUUGAUAAGUUGGACGAAUUGAUUGAGAGAUUCUUUCCAGUUGAUAUUUAUACAUACAAUAUGUUGUUGCGAGGCAUGAGCAUGGCAGGGAGGAUGGAUUAUGCAUGUGAUUUGUUUCAUAGGAUACCUAAGAAAGGUUUCAAGCCAAAUCGGUGGACUUUCGACAUUAUAGUCCAUGGUUUUUGCAAACAAGGUAAAAGAAAGGAGGCUGAAAGAUGGAUGGAGGCAAUGCAUCAGAACGGGUUUCACCCGAAUUGGUACACAAUGAGGAUAUAUAACAACACCUCCUAGUUAAGUGAAUAUGGCUCAGUAGAUGAUAUGCAAACUUUGUGUUGCUUACAACUCAUUGCUGGUUCGUCAUCAUCCUUGUUACUUAACUGAAGCAGGUUUGCAGAAGCAGAUGCCCAACUCAGGCUGGCUGUCGCUGUAAACCUGAGUGUUGUAUCGAUUGCCAUAAUAAUACACCGAUACGUAGCAGAGAUGCCUCAAGUUGGGCAUGCCGUUCAUUUGCCA